AUGCUUUCAUCAUGGAGCCCACCCCCUGGUUAUGAUGAGAGGCCAGUUGCAGUACUUGGAGGUGGCGUUUUGGGACGUCGCAUAGCGUGUAUCUGGGCAUCGGGUGGGUACAAUGUUCGAAUCCGAGAGCCGGACCAGAAACAGCACCAACCUUGCCUCGACUACAUCGGAGAUAAUGCUGCAAAGUACCCUGCUGCCGAAGGAGGAAAACGCACCGGGAAAGUCAGCAUUUUCCAGGACCUAGCAGACGCGGUUCAAGAAGCGUGGCUCGUCAUCGAAGCAGUACCAGAGAAGCUCGAAAUAAAAAUCGACACCUUCGCGGAGCUGGAGGCCAAGGCACCCAUGGAUGCAAUUCUAGCCAGCAACUCAUCGUCUUACAAGACAUCAGAAAUGCUCGGAAAAGUCAAAGAGGAGACGAAAGCUCGCAUACUAAAUACGCAUUAUUAUAUGCCACCGACAAACAUGAUGGUCGAGCUUAUGACUGAUGGAUUCACGCACGAGGCCAUCUUCCCAUUCUUGGUGGAGAGGCAAAGGGAGGUCAACACCCUGCCAUUUGUCUCGAGGAAAGAGUCCACUGGAUUUAUUUUUAACCGUCUUUGGGCUGCUGUGAAGAGAGAAGCUCUGACUAUUCUGGCUGAGGGCGUAUCCACCCCAGAGGAAAUUGACGACAUGUGGAAAAUCAUGUGGACUAGUACACUGCGAGAGGGCAAAGGGCCUUGCAGGAUAAUGGAUGACGUUGGCCUCGACACCGUAGCUUUCAUUGAGCAGCAUUAUAUCAAAGAGCGGAAUCUGUCUCCGGAAAAGACGGUGGACUUCCUACACAGCCAGUACCUGGACCAGGGAAAGCUGGGUACAAAAUCUUCAGGGGGCGGUCUUUACACUGCGACUCAAUGA